CCUUUAAGAGACUGACACUAGUGCCACACCUGCUUAGGGGAAAAACUGCUAGUAUUAAAAUUAUUGAACUUCCUUGUUUUGUCUAACUCAGAAUAACAAGUUUCCCUCUCUGUUGGCUCUCUCUUCUUUACAUGACAACAUGUCUCGUGCUCUCGGCUUCUUCACUCUCCUGUUGGCAUUUUCAAGAGCAGAUGCUCUCUACGGUCAUGCUUUGGUUCGUUGCCAGUUCAGUUCACCUGAUGGUCAUGAUGCUGUGUACCUGGAGCAGUACUACUUUAAUAAGAUGUUGGAGUUCCAAUACAACAGCACUUUGGGGAAAUUGAUCGGCUACACAAAGGAAAACAUAGAAACUGCAGAUAAAUUAAACAAAGAUCCGUAUAUUGGGUAUUUACAGAAACAGAAAAAAGAAAUGUGCGAAAGAAGAGCCUCUCUUGUUUAUAAUAACCUUCUGAAGACAGUCGAGCCGUCUGUUUGGCUGAGGUCAGUUGAGGCAGUGGACAGCAGACAUCCAGGCACGCUCGUCUGCAGUGCGUACGACUUUUAUCCUCAACAGAUCCGAUUGACUUGGCUGAGGAACGGACAGGAGGAGACAUCUGAUGUGACAUCCACUGUGGAAGUAUCCAAUGGGAACUGGCUCUACCAGAUUCACUCCUAUCUGGAGUUCACACCCAGACCAGGAGAGAAAAUCACCUGUAUGGUGGAGCACGCCAGCCUCAUGGAGCCCAAGCUUUAUGACUGGGAGCCCACGGCUGACUCAGGGACCAAUAAGAUUGUUGUUGGGACAGCAGGGCUGCUGCUCGGUCUGGUCUUUUCAGUUGCUGGACUGAUUUACUACAAGAAGAAAUCUUCUGAGCGUGUUUUGGUGCCAACAACUGAGGUGUUUUAUCCAGAGCACACACUUUAAGUCGGAGAAGCCUUCGGGGAUUCAUUGAGAACUCAAAUACAAUGGUUUAGGCUAUGUGCUCAUUUCUAUCCUUUGCUGACUUUGACUGUAUAUGUUCAUUAUAUAUAACUACAAUGGAUUAUCACAAAAGCACAAAGCAGUGUAAAAGAAUAAAAACCUACAUCUCAGUAAUAA